AUGGACGCCGAGCUCCGCAAGCUACCGCUUUCACAGGACCUGCUCAACUACUACCGCGACCGGCUAGAAAAAUGCGAACAAGACUACACCGCCUCAGCGUCCUUGAUCGACACUGUGCGCGUGCACCACGACGAAGUGCACCAGGCGACAUGGGAGGCUCAUAAGCGCGCGGGAGAGAUUGCGGAUUUGCAGGCGGCACUGAGUGAGGCUGAGGUUGCGCUGUUUGAGGAGAAAAGGAGGGUGUUGAAGUUGUUAGCGGAGGUUGAUGAGUUGAAGGUGCAAGAGCUGAAAGACCGCAAAAAGAUCCGAUACCUGUUGAAAAUUGGGUCACGCCCAGAAGCCGAGACGACCUAUUUCCGGGACCAGCUCGAUAAGCGGCUUGUCAAGAUCGCGCGCGAUAUGGGUGGCGGGAUUGAUGAGUUUGAUCAGGCGGUGCUGGAUAGACACACGGAGGAAGAGGACAUCCACAUCAUGGAGGACGAGGUCGCGGCGUUGAAGCUCACGGUGUCAUCACUACGCACCCAGUUAUCCGAUCAGGCGAAAAACUACGAAGCAACAAUAACAGGCCUUCGCCGCGACCGACAGCUCCAAAUGGACGAAGAGCGGGUGCGCCGACAGCAUGAAACGCAGAAGAUGGCGGAUCUGUUGGAGAAGUGUCAACGGCUGAGGGCACUGAGUAGGGAGAAUAUCCGAGAGCUGAUACACACCAAAAAAUCUACACACGCGUACGAACGCCGCCUCAUGGAGGAGCGCAGCACGAUGGUCGAGCAGUUGCACCAAUGCCAGAAGGAGCUUGCGGCUGAGAAGGAGAAGGUUGAGGUUGCUGAGAAGCUCGUGGAAGAACGACUGGUGCGCAAACAGGAACACAUCGUGCAUGAGCUAAGGACGCAGUUGGGAAAGUAUGAGAAGGAGGUUAAUACUAAUAACGCAAAGCUGGAGACGAUUGAACGCGCGCACCGCAAACGUGUCAGCCAUCUAGAAGCCCGUCUUUCCGCCCUCACCGCCAGCUACGCAUCCCUCAAACGCCGCCGCGACUUUGAAAUCGAAGGCUUCACCGCCGACAUCUCUUCACUGCGCAAACAGCUCAAGCAUCUCGAGCGAAGUAUACUCAAAUACGCGCCCCUAGAGGACCGCGAGCUUGUGUUGCUGAAUAUCGCGAAGGAGACGGGGGAGAGGGUUGCGAAGAUGUCAAGUGAUUUGCAUGGGUUGAAGGCAAAGGUGUAUGCGGCGGAUAGGGAUCUUCGGAUGGUUCCGGUGUGA